CUCAUGACGGCACAGCAGGCGCUGCGGCCAGUGACACUGGUGUGGAAGAGGGAUCCAUGGCAACGGGAGCUGGGGGCAACCUGCCCAACUCCAACAGCAUGACGGUCAAUGUGGAGCUGGACGAGAGCCGCAAAGAGGCGUAACUUGCUGCGCCACAGCCGCCGAUCUUGACAAUCUGAUCACCACACUGGUGAGGAGGAGAGAGGCCAGGAGACUGACAGUGAGGAUGGAUUAGAGCUCACUUUGACCCAAAGUAGUCUGUGGUCUCUGUCCUGGAUCGUCCUCCGUGACAGAGGAGCAUCACCUGCUGUGAGCUGUAAUGUCCCGGUGAUGGCAGCCUCCGUCUGAAACAUGGGAUUUCCCACAGGUUUGUUGACUCUGACUUGAACAAACCUCACAGGAAAAGAACGCUGUUUUUAUUCCACACAUUCAUGACGUUGCCCGACUAGCUCCUACAUUUCCCACAGUGCAACUCGGCCACUGACAGUGGAUCCAGAUGUGUAAUGCUAAUAACGGCUCAUGUAGCCUCUUUUUUUAACGCUCAAACUUGUAGUUUUCAAACGAACAUGAACUCAAGUUCCAUCACUUGAGGACAUUUAUGAGACUUUAUCCCUUUUUUCACAAUUGUACUGUAGAACUACGAGUUCUGAUUUCUGUAGAAGAAGAAGUUUCCUGGAGAUGGAUCCACUGAGUGCAGCCUGUCAGUGUGCAUGAACAGUGACUGUGCUGCUCUAAGCAGUUUUAUAGCGCUUUCAUCACCACACUGGUUUGACCCAACGAGCAUGUCCUGCUUUCUCUUCCUCUGCUGUUCUGAGAAAUCUCAUUUGGUAACCACAUGUUGCUGCACUGUAUCUUAAAGAGCAGCCUCCACAGUCAGGUAUAAACAGUCUGCAGUCUCAGUUUUCAGUGAAACAUCCUGCAACAAAACCCAACUUCUCUAACUUCUCAUCGUGGGUAAGUUUUGAUUUAACAGCCGUUACAAUGAUCUGACAAAGCAAAGGUAAUUCCUGAGAAUCCUUAAUGAACAGAUGAUGCUAAAAUAUAAACUUUGAAGCUAUUUAACUGAUAAUGCAUGCUAAGUGUCGAGAGUGUACAAUGGAAAAGAAGCUCUUAAAUAACUGUUCGUCAUCAGUCAGUGUGUUGUAACCAAACCAGGGCCUCCACAAAUCAGCAAAUCAUGAUGGUUCAAGGAAAAUGACAAAACAUUUCAGAACCCAAACUGGUGCAGACGCUGUGGAGGAUCAGAAUAUUCGCUGCAAAGUGAAAUAUCAGCUGUAUAAAACACUUUUGAAUGGAACAACAUUGUACUGUUCAAUUUCUACCAUGCUCCAGGCGUGUUCCCUGCUGCAGCCAGGCAUGUUGGCAGCCUUAACUCUGGCCUCCCUGGGCUUCUUGGUGUGGUCAUCAGACGUCUGCCCCCCAGGCUGCCAGUGCCUGCGCAACCAGACCUCCAUUGCAUGUCAAGACAAAGAGCUGGACCUGAUCCCUGAAUUACCAGAGUGCACAGAGGAGCUGUACGUCUCAUACAAUAAGAUACAGGAAAUACCCAGGCGUGGGCUGGAGAAGCUGCAGGUCUUGGACCUGACUAAGAAUCAGCUGAAUGUCUCCCUGUCCCUCAACCCAGUUUGGCCCAGUAUGAUGAAGCUGUCCAAGCUCUUCCUACGUGACAACGGCCUGAGGUCUCUACACGCUGCUCAGUUCCUAAACUGCACUGCUCUCACCUUACUGGACCUGAGUGAGAACCUGCUCCAGUAUCUACCGGCUGGAUUCCUCCGUGGAUUGGCUAAUCUGAAGACACUUUUUCUGAACUUUAACCAGAUUCGAAUGCUACAGGUUGGUGGAUUGGAAGGGGCCUUCGCCCUUGCCGACCUCUACCUCAGCCAUAAUUUUAUAACCCAGAUAGAGGAAGGUGUUUUCAAGAACUCCACUGCAUUAGAGAAACUUGUUCUGUCACAUAACAGGAUCAGAAGUGUGGGUGAUGCCAGUUUCAGAGGAGCAACAAAUCUCCAGCACCUUCACCUGAGGAGUAACCUGCUGGUCUCUGUUCCAUCUGAGGCACUGAGGGAUGUUAAGAGGCUCAAGGUUCUGCAUCUACAGAUGAACAGCCUCAUCAGCCUCCCGGAGGAUUGCUUCUCUUCACUGAGCCUGUUGGUUGAUCUAGACUUGAGCAACAACAACCUGAGCACCGUGUCAGAGGGAUCACUGAGAGGUCUGACCACGCUGAGGAAGCUGGACCUCAGCAUCAACCUCAUAGAUUCACUUCCCUCCAAACUCUUCAAUGACCUGAUCAACCUUGAGUCACUUGAUUUGUACAGGAACAGACUGACAUCUCUUCCUCAGGACAUAUUCAGUAACUUGACCAACCUGCUACAGCUGCAGCUGGACAGUAAUCAGAUCUCUGCUCUACCAGAUGGGGUAUUUGAUUCACUGUCCAGACUCAGUGAGCUACAGCUGUCAUACAACCGCAUCACAGAGCUCCAUCCUGCUCUGUUCAACGAGCUCAGGUCUCUGCAGAACCUGUACUUGGAACACAGCAUGCUGAGGCACCUUCCUGAAGGACUGUUCCUCAGGAUGAGUGACCUCAGGGAGAUAGACCUCAGUGACAACCGCAUCAGCUCUCUACAUCCCUCGCUUUUCCACGGUUUGGUGAGAGUACAUUCGCUGAAGCUCACUCGUAACAAUCUCUCCUCUUUAGAAACGGAGCAGUUCAGAAAUCUUAGGACCUUAAAAGUUUUAAAACUAGAUGGAAACCAUAUCAAUAAACUUCCUACAGACCUGUUCAUGGAUCUAAGAAAUCUUACAGUGCUGGACCUGGACCACAAUUGUCUCUCAGAGCUUUCUUCUGAUGACUUUGUAGGGUUAAACCAUCUUAAAGAGCUCAGGUUGAACUUCAAUCAGCUCCAUAAAAUCCCUUUCAGCACCUUCCAUCUCCUCCACAACCUCCGCAGGCUUCUGCUAAAGAACAACAGCCUGGACAGUUUACAGCCUCAGCUCUUUGCCCAGCUUUCGAAGCUAACAGAGCUAAACUUGGAUGGAAACAAGCUGGAUCACCUGCAGCCUGAUGUCUUUCAAGGACUUAAAAACCUCCAGAAAUUGAGUUUGAAGUCCAACCAGCUCAGAGCAGUGGAGACCAGGGCUUUGGAGCCUUUGAGAAAGCUUAAUGCCGUUUGUCUGUCAGGAAAUUUGUGGGACUGUACAAACACACGUGUUCACUACAUCAGCUGCUGGGUCAACACGCACAGAGACAAGCUCGAAGAUCAGCCAGUCUGUUUCUCCCACUCUUCAUCACACCAAUCAGUGCCUCCACUGUUGUUAAAGGACUCUUGCUUUGCAAAUGCUGCAGGCAGCUCAUCGCCAUCGUUUCCUCUAGAAACGCUCAGUCUGCUCGUGUUAGUCAUAGCUGUCGGCCCAUCGUGACAGCCUUUGAAGUGGUUUCAUCUUCUAACGUCUCUUUCCUUUCUUUGCUUUUCAUGUCUGCUCUUGGUUUUAAAAUAUUUGCUCCUGAAUCUCAGUGUACUGUACGUUUGAAUAUCGAUAGAUACACAAAAUCCUGUUAAUCAAAUAAAUUUGAGGGAAAUUUA